ACAACAAAUUGCUUCGAUUGUUAUCACUCAUAUUUGGUUUUCCGUGUUUGAAUAGAAAAAGGUGAAAAGCGAUCUCUUUUGCCUCUUUUUCAAUUCAAACGAAUCUGAAUUCCUUUUUCAGUUUCUCCCUCGACGAGAGGAAGCGAUUGAAGGCUGUGUUCACUGACUUGAAAAGAAAGCAGCCUUUUCUGUAAAACAGAGUAAAAAGAAGCCUCCAAACAUAACAUCAACGACAAAGGAAUUCACUUGCUUACUCUUUUAACGAGAAGCGAUCAAUCAGAAAAUCACUAUACUCAGCAAUACAGCGUAACACGUCCGUUUGAUUUGCUAUACACGCACAUAAAUUAAAUGCGGAUAAAAUCAGAACCGAGACAUCGGGCAUGGCUCGAAGACGCUAGUUCUAAAGAAGAUAACAUUUUACUUCCUUCUCCUCCACUCCAAAAAAGCUCACCUCAGUGUCUUGGUUCAUUACAGUCAAGUACUGUCACUUUUGGAAGGCAACCAGCCUUUGUGCCCUGUUCCCUUGUAUCAAUUGACAGUCAAGAAUUCUCAAUUAGCGAUGGUAGUGAUAGUGCCAUAGCAGUUCGCAGUGCUGCAGAAAGUGAUGACGAAGUUAAUAUAAUAAUGGAACCUUAUCUGUAUCACCCCACUGCUGCUUGUGCUAGCGAUGAAUUUGUACUCAAUGACUUGAAAGCACUGUUAAACAGCCAGGGGUUGAGCAGUGGGUCAAUGGUGUCAUCACCCUUUUUAGCGCCUACUGGCAAUUUUAUAAAUGAUACGUAUAACAGCUAUCAUUCCACAAUGUUUGAAAAUUUUGAAAGUAUGGAUUUUGAUAUACAGGACGUUUUAGCUACAUCCAAGUAUUCCAGCAAGAGUGGAAUUGAUAAUAUGGCCUUCGUUGAUACUGAAUUAGCUCUAUUUCCUCAGCUUCAUCGAUCAUAGUUUGAAUAAGUCACAGAAACAGUUACAUAUAUUACUUAACCCAUAAAAACUGAUGUUGGAAGACGAACAAUUUUAUCAUGUCGCCGAACUUUUUGAAAAACAAGCUACAUCUUUUUAAGUUACAUAUUUAUAUUCACAUCGAUAUAUCCUCUAUUGUUAUCCUUUUACCCCUUCCAUCUAAUUUCCCGUAUAAAUAUACCUACUAUUACUUCAUAUUGAAAAGAAAUAACAUACUGUUUCGAUUCCCGUU